AUGGAUGUUGGCAAAGGCGUGUUCAUGGUGGGUGUAUCGAUUUKUGCAGUUAAAUCACAAGAAGGAUCAGCGUCAAUGUCUGGUGAAUCUUCUGUUGGAUUUUCAUCUUCCAUAUUCAUACGUGAAUGUAUAUCCGUACACGUAGGACAAGCUGGAGUUCAAAUCGGCAACGCGUGCUGGGAAUUGUACUGUCUGGAACAUGGUAUCCAACCGGACGGACAGAUGCCGUCCGACAAGUCUGUGGGCAGCGGAGACGAUAGCUUUAAYACCUUUUUCAGCGAAACCGGCGCGGGAAAACACGUACCCCGGGCCGUGUUCAUUGAUCUCGAACCGACCGUCGUUGACGAAGUGAGAACCGGAACGUACAGGCAGCUAUUCCACCCGGAGCAACUGAUCACCGGUAAGGAAGACGCGGCCAACAACUAUGCCCGCGGCCAUUAUACAAUCGGCAAAGAGAUCGUCGACCUAGUGCUGGACCGGAUCAGGAAGUUGGCCGAUCAGUGUACCGGGCUUCAAGGGUUUUUGAUAUUCCACUCGUUCGGCGGCGGCACCGGUUCCGGCUUCGCGUCAUUGCUCAUGGAACGGCUCAGCACCGAUUACGGAAAGAAGAGCAAAUUGGAAUUUGCCAUUUACCCCGCACCCCAAGUAUCGACGGCCGUUGUGGAACCGUACAACUCGGUACUGACCACGCACACUACGCUAGAACAUUCUGACUGUGCGUUUAUGGUGGACAAUGAGGCAAUCUACGACAUAUGCCGGCGGAACUUGGACAUCGAGAGGCCCACGUACACGAAUCUCAACCGGCUGAUCGGGCARAUCGUGUCGUCUAUCACGGCGUCGCUGAGAUUCGACGGCGCGCUGAACGUCGACCUGACCGAGUUCCAGACAAACUUGGUACCGUACCCGCGCAUACACUUCCCUCUGGCCACAUACGCGCCGGUCAUAUCGGCCGAGAAGGCAUACCACGAACAGCUGUCCGUGGCCGAGAUAACCAACGCGUGCUUCGAACCGGCAAACCAGAUGGUCAAGUGCGACCCCCGGCACGGCAAGUACAUGGCGUGUUGCAUGCUGUACCGCGGCGACGUGGUGCCCAAGGACGUGAAUGCCGCGAUCGCCACCAUCAAGACCAAGCGGACCAUCGUGUUCGUCGACUGGUGCCCAACUGGGUUCAAAGUGGGUAUCAACUACCAGCCGCCUACCGUGGUGCCGGGCGGUGACCUGGCCAAGGUCCAGCGGGCCGUUUGCAUGUUAUCCAACACCACAGCAAUCGCCGAGGCAUGGGCCCGGCUCGACCAUAAGUUCGAUCUCAUGUACGCGAAACGGGCGUUCGUCCACUGGUACGUUGGCGAGGGCAUGGAGGAGGGAGAGUUUUCCGAGGCCAGGGAGGACCUGGCGGCGCUUGAGAAGGAUUACGAGGAGGUGGGCAUGGACUCCACCGAGGGCGACGGCGAGGCCGGCGAAGAGAUAUGAAUUACCAUUCCCGGUCAUCGACACCA